CUGCAGUGUCCUUGGUCCACCUCAGCAAAAGCUGAGCUAUGGAGCAUUCAGAGCUCAAGAAGGUUAACACCCAGAAGGAUACCACGCUGUGGGGUGGUGCCCCCCAGUAUGACUACAUCCAUUAUGACAAUUGCACCAGUUAUGGGAUCCCAUCUGAGGAUGGUGGGACUGCAGAUGAUACACACUACCAGGAGAAGGCCCUCAACCGUAUCCAGCUCUAUGGCCAGUAUACAGAACAGCUUCCCAGUCUUUCCCAGAAGGAAGCAGCUGAACUUCUGAAUAAGAAGUCUCCAGACCCCUUGGAACAGAGAAGGCAUGCUGAACUCAAAGAGGAGAGCUACUCUAAGUAUCAUGCCUGUACUAAAAGUAUCAAGAAAUAUGUUACGAAGAAACUGGGAGAAGACUGGAUAUUCUUGAUUCUUUUGGGUCUGGUCAUGGCACUAGUCAGUUGGGGGGUGGAUUACACCAGUGCCAAAAGCUUGCAAGCUUACAAGUGGAUGUACAAAGAGAUGCAGCCCAACAUCCCUAUGCAGUUCCUGGCCUGGGUCACCUACCCUCUCAUCCUUAUCCUCUUUGCUGCCCUCUUCUGCCAGCUUGUCUCUCCACAGGCUGUGGGUGAGGAAUCAAAGGACAGCACAUCCUUUGCUGUUGGCCUGCACUGUGAUGCUGCUACUCAGCCUAGUUCUUAUCAGUUAUUUAUUUAUACACACACACUCUCUCUCUCUCUCCUGCAGGGCCCUUUUGUGCACAUUGCAAGCAUCUGUGCUGCUGUUCUCAGCAAGUUCUUGUCUAUCUUCUGUGGGGUUUAUGAGCAGCCAUAUUAUUACACAGAUGUCCUGACUGUGGGAUGUGCAGUGGGGGUUGGCUGCUGUUUCGGGACACCACUUGGAGGUGUCCUCUUUAGCAUUGAAGUCACUUCCACCUAUUUUGCAGUCCGUAACUACUGGCGUGGAUUCUUUGCAGCCACAUUCAGUGCCUUUGCUUUCCGAGUCUUUGCUGUCUGGAACAAGGAUGCAAUCACCAUCACAGCCCUCUUCAGAACAAACUUUCGCAUGGAUUUUCCCUUUGACCUGCAGGAGCUGCCGGCAUUUGCUGUAAUAGGGAUCUGUUCUGGUUUCCUUGGAGCGUUUUUUGUUUAUUUCAAUCGACAAGUGGUUUUAUUUGUCAGACAACAUGCUACUCUAAGUCGGUUCCUAACCAAAUACCGCCUUGUGUAUCCUGGGGUGAUAACUUUUGUGAUAGCAUCUGUGACAUUCCCUCCUGGCUUUGGACAGUUUAUGGCUGGAGAACUGAUGCCCAGAGAAGCCAUCAGCAGCCUCUUUGAUAACUUCACUUGGAUAAAGCACACAGAGGACCCACAGCUUCUGGGGAGAUCUGCAGUUUGGAUCCAUCCCAAAGUCAGCGUCUUUGUCAUCAUCUUGUUGUUUUUCCUCAUGAAGUUCUGGAUGUCUGUCAUUGCCACAACUAUGCCAAUACCCUGUGGAGGCUUCAUGCCAGUGUUUGUGCUGGGAGCUGCUUUCGGACGCUUGAUUGGUGAAAUCAUGGCCUGGAUUUUUCCUGAUGGGAUUCUCUUUGAUGGCUUUGUUUACAAAAUUUUACCUGGUGGUUAUGCAGUAAUUGGAGCUGCAGCUCUCACAGGUGCUGUCAGCCACACUGUCUCCACAGCAGUGAUCUGCUUUGAGCUGACCGGUCAGAUUGCCCACAUCCUGCCAAUGAUGGUGGCCGUCAUUCUUGCCAACAUGGUGGCUCAGAGUUUGCAGCCAAGCCUUUAUGACAGCAUCAUCCAAGUGAAGAAACUGCCCUAUUUACCAGACUUGGGCUGGAACCAAAUAAGCAAAUACAAUAUUUUUGUUGAGGACAUUAUGGUGUGUGACGUCAAAUUCAUCUCCUCUAAUUGCAAAUAUCGGGAUCUGAAGGACUUACUCCAGAACACCACCGUGAAGACGUUUCCUCUGGUGGAUUCUCCAGAUUCCAUGAUUCUGAUGGGCUCAGUGGAGCGGGCGGAGCUCCAGGCUCUGCUGCACAGAUACCUCAGCCCAGAGCGACGUCUGCAUCUUGCCAGGGAGAUGCCACAGAAACUGAUUGAAGGAUCUUAUGAUGGACACCAGUGGAAGCAUGAAUCAUUCGCUUUUGUGGAUGAGGAUGUGGAUGAGGAAGAAGAGGGCAAGAAAAAGACUGAGUUUCCACAGCAGCCUGCUUUAACCCCUGAUUACCCAGAAGGACCUAAUGGCCCAGUGACUCCUCACAAACUAGUGGCAGAGACACCAACACCUCCACAAUCUCCAACCCGGAGAUGUUGGCAGCUAAGGAGAUUGAUGGAACAACUUCUUUGUCUCAGCCCAUCCCCUCAGCAAAAAAGCACCGAGCAGGAUUCAGCAGAGGUUGAAGACCCAAUGAAGCCAGAAGAGAUAGAAGUUUGGGAGCAGGAGGAGCUGGAGAAAAAGGUAUGCUUCAGCAGCUGCCGCAUAGAUCCUUCUCCCUUUCAGCUGGUCGAGAGAACAUCGCUGCAUAAGACACAUACCUUGUUUUCAUUGCUAGGACUCACCCAUGCCUAUGUAACCAGCAUGGGAAAACUAAAAGGUGUGAUUGCACUGGAAGAGCUCCAGAAAGCUAUUGAGGGGUCUACACGUACUGGGGUCCAACUUCGUCCUCCUCUUGCAAGUUUCCGUGAUGCCACCCAGACUUCAAGCAACAAAGAGCAUACCAAUUGGUCUACAAAGUUGUGGAGCAAAGAUAACAGUGAUACAGUCCCUGGGAAAUCUGCAGUGGACUCAGGACCAGAGAACUCAGUGGGCCCUAGUUCCCCUUUCUCACAAGAAUCUUCCCUCCCCAGGUAAAGAAAAGGGAAACUCCCUGCUUCAGAUGCUGACACAGAAUUGGAGGACGUAGAAAUUUUUGGCCCAGCUGCUGAGAACAUCUCAGACCUACUCAAGGACCUUAACUUGUGCUCCAGAAACCUGGAAGAAGAUGAUAAGGAUGAUAACAAUAUGACAAUAGAAUUGCACCUUGGAAAAAUUUACCUCAUCCUUCAGCAUAAUCUGCCCACCAUACUUGUAUUUCCAGGAAAGGCUUGUGACCUGCUUUGCUGGUAUCAGUGGAAGAUAAUUCAUGCUGGAGAACUUGCAUGGCUGUGUGGACUGGUUUUCCUCUGCCAUUUUCAGUGGGGUGCAAGAAAGACAUGAAAAGCAAAUGGGUGGAAGGAUCCUGGCUUAUAUCCUCCAGUUUUGCAUCCUUUGAUUAUGAUCCCUAUGUGGGGCACUUGGUAUGGCCCCAUUGUCUGUAGGGAUAUAUUCCAAGUUUUCUUCAGAUAAUCCUACCACUUAUAUCAUCAUUCAGCAUGCCAUGGUGUUAGCCCUGUGGGGUAGUCCAGACAAGAAGUAUAACCAGGAGUACUAACUCUAUCUUUAUUGUAAGAUUGCAUUAACAGACUCUUGCCAGAAUGAAAGUAUUUCUCCCUUCCUUUCUUUUUCCUUGCCAGAAAACUAGGGAGGGUCUUUUCUGAAAUGUUUCCCAUGCCCUCCCAUCCACCUGUGGGCUGUCUUUUACACUGGUUGUCCAGUCUGUGGCUUUCCCUCUUGUCUCCGAAGGUCAUUCCCACAUACCAUUGUGUAUGGCCAUCUUCAUCCCUUUGAGGUGUUCUGAUCUAAAGAAGGGUCAGAGAACUUAGCCCAGGCUCAGUCCUGAUGUAGAGAACUCAUCCCAAUUUGUAAACAAAACAGAAUAUGACAAAUGCUUCAUACCCCCCCUUUUUGCAAUAUUCUUUCUUUUGAAAUAAACUCCAAUCUAUGCUCUACAUGUGACACUAUUUCACCCCCCUCACAAAUUCUUCUUGUUUUGUCAUUAUAGGCAUAAUAUCUAUUAUUUCUACCAAUUAGCACAUCCUUGUCCUAAAAAAAUCUCCCACGUAUUGAAAUAUUCCUCUGAAACUUGUUGCUGGGGUAAAAAUACUAGAAACAAGUCUGAUUCUUUAUUGAGGAAAUUAUCACCAAGUAUACUUGACUAAGUAAUACAACUACUGUUAUCCAGAUAGUUCCCCAUCUUACCUAUGCAGACACAUUCAUAAACCUUCCAUUUUACAUGUAGUGAUGCAUUUGUUUGAACAUUACUGUUUGAUUGAAGUCUUGGGGGGAAAAAAAUCAUCAAACCAGAAGGGGAUGUGAGUGAAGUCUAAAUGCUGAUAAGCCAAGGAUUCAAGUUAAGGGUUAGGGUAUAAAUAUCACGUACAUCUUAAAAUGUCCUACUGUUAUUACUUGAAGGAAAUUUCUAUAAAUACUGUCUUAAACAUAUUUGUGGCUGUGACUAAACUCUGAUAUGGGAAGAAAUUGAUGUGUUGAGAAGCAGCAUCAGUAAAUGAAAGAGUGGGUGGCAUUUCUAAGGAUAUUUCUGCAUUUCGUCUUUGUAUAACUUUUAUACAAAUCUAACAACACUGGCUCUUUCCAAAGGAAUCCCUAAGAACAGGAUGGUACUGAGCAUUCUGUAAGAAAUAACAAGCACAACUAAACUUAAUGAACGAUUGUUAAUUGACUUCAAUGAUUCAUCAGAAGUGUAUGCCAGAUAACCAAAUAAGAAAAAUCCUUGCUUAACCUAACCUCUUGCAUCUAUAAUCAAUUCUUUUUGCAUUGCACUCAGACUGUAACUCUUUUUGUACUGUUUUAUUAGUACUGUACAGAAGCGGUACCAGUACUGUAUCAUCAGCCACACUCAGUAUAGAUGUGUUAAUUGUUUGAACUAGUGUUUCCAAGCAAGGUUUGGUCUAACAAAUGGAGACAAAAAUAUUUUGGGGUUUUUGGCUCAGGAAUGAGGAGCCUGGCUUGGCAACAUAGAUCAUUAGUAAAGAGAUUAAAACUUAGUCCUUGUAAAUGCUCUUGCCAUUUUGGCUAGAGUUUCUCAGGGAAAUAAACACAAUAUUCCAAGCAGAAUAGUAUCAGCAUCAAGUUAAAAUCAGCAUCAUAUAUUUAGAGAAGAGAUUGGAAAGAACACGUCUGUGUAAUGGAAGUUGCUUAGACUUGGCAAUGUCAGUUUUCACACCAGUCAAAUAUGGAAAAUUGAAGUUUUCCAUCAUCAGACUUCCAUCAUUCAGUGAAUUUCAAUCUUUCAUGGAGUUGUUACUUGAUCUGAUAAAGGAAAUAAGGUGGCAAUCUUACCUAUGGUGGAUUUUACCAUUUUUUCUGGGAAAUGCCUUCCUCAGGUUUGUCAGAAUCCCAUU